ACAGGUUUGAAGGCGCUGUUUAUUGUUACGAACGGAAUACACGCAUCAAUCGUCAAAAGUUUGUGGAAGGUCGCGGAUGGUACGGAUUCACUGGCACACGACGAGUCAACAGUUUAAACAGAAACAAAUACGAGAGAAAUAGAAUAUAAGAUAUCGAGUCGAAGAUAUUUGUCUUCCUAACCUCUUCAUUAGAAUGUGCGACGAAGAAUCCAACAUUAAGGAAGUUACGGAUGCCGAGGAAAACAAUACAUUAUCGCUCUUGGACCUUCCUGUGGAGAUAUUGCUCCAUAUAUGUUCGUACUUGGAUGCAUCCACUCUUGUACACAAUUUGGGCCUAGUUUGCAAGUACUUAAAUCAAAUUCUGAACGACGACUCCUUGUGGAGAGCGAGAAUUAGCCAAAUAUGGCCAAAUGUUGGUUUUCCAGUCCUACCUCCUGACAAGGAGGAUGAAUUAUUUUAUAAAUUGUCAUGUGUCAGUAUCGAGAGGCAAAUGGCACUUUGGAAAAAGCCGGAUGCUCUGGAGAAACUGACCCUCAUCGGAAAGCACUAUGGUACCAUCGAUGGACUGUUACUAAUGCACAAUGGUACCAUCUGCAUAUCUGGAGGCAGAGACCGCAGUCUGGUGUGCUGGAAUUUACCCGCGGAUGAGAACGAGCAGUGCACUUCCACGGGGGUGGAAACUGCACACACCGGUUGGAUUUGGGGUCUAACGUCGAUAGAAAACACGAUUUACAGCUGCGGCUGGGAUGGAACCGUUAACGCAUGGGCUCUUUGCCCCAGCGGGCUUUCACGUUUGAAAACUUAUGACAUGGCCGUUCCUCGAGCCGUGCUCUGCAUCUCAUCCUGUCCGGAGACGUCCACUUUUGCGGCAGGAAGCGCCUCCAAUACGGUUUUUGUGUUCGACCCAAGAAGUUGCGAGCCCGUCGCCAAAUUUAGACCGCACCAUAACGCUAUCCUUAAGCUCGCCAUGAACGCGAAAUUCAUUUUGACUGCCAGCGAGGACAAGACUGUAUCCGUGUGGGACCAGAGAGCGAGAAGGACCUUGACGUCUAUUACGAUGUCGAAUAGGUCGUUCCCCAUGAGCAUUUCCAUGCACAGAGAAAUCGUGCACGUAGGCGACAGCAGCGGAAAUUUGCACAUUCUCGACCCGAAGAAUGAUUUCACGAACGUCAAGUGUUACAUGGGCGAACAUCUUAAAGGAAUCAACGGAGUGCAUUAUACUCCCGGAUGCCUAAUAACGGUGUCUUUGGACAGAACUGUGAAAAUAUCAAGUCCCACGGACCCACCGUUGAACCUUAACACGUUGAAUUGUCAUUACGGAGAAAUUGCAAGUAGUGCCUACAUGAACGAAGUACUGGCAGUCGCAGCUGCGGAUGUAAUUGAAAUUUGGAGACCGAAAAUGCAAUUCCGGUAGGAACACUUGAUGUCAAUAACCGAAUAAUUGCCCCAAUUCGUCAACUGCGUUUCGACCAGCUUCGCAACUCGACUGCCGAAUCACUUACUACGUAUUUUGUAAUGCAGUUUAACAACAUAUGCAUUUAUUACACAAUUUCGUAUGCAUUCGCGAUGCAUGCGUAACGAUUAAACAUCUCUUCCUGGUA